CCUGGCGUGCAAGAGAGCUUUAUCAGUCAACUUUCCCCGAGCCUCAUCAUACCGCCUCCUUCCAGGUUCUUCUCCCAGAGCUGCGUGCCGAUCUAUACCGGACAUAUAGACUGCGCCAGCCAACAUGCCGAGUAUCUUCGGGAAGUCUGGCUCCACCGCCGGCGGUGCCGGCCGUGCCAAGCCCCGGCACAAAUCGAUCCGUGGCACCAUCUCGGCCCCGAUUCCGAUACCGAAAACCCCGGACGACGACGAGUUCCCGAUCCGGAACCCCGGCUCAGCGAAGGCGUCAGUGGCAGAUGAUGAUGAUGACUUCCCAAUACGGGAGCCCGGUACCGGGAUUGCGACGCCUUUACCACUUACUCAUAGUCCUGGUCCGUCGCCCGACGAGCCGGUUGAGCAGCAGCCCGGGGACAGUGGGGGUAAGGAGCAGCAGGGCCAACAGGGCCAGCAGACUGGAGGUUAUGAAAGUAGCUCGAGUAGUGGCACCGAACGUCAGCAGGAGCAGGGAGGAACGCAAUUUCCUGCGCCGGCUGGCGCACCAGCUUCGGUCAGCGGCUCGGGAGGCAGCCGGACAGAUCUGACACGGGAUGUACGGCCGAAGCCGUCGUCCACCCCGCCUAUAACGCCGCAAGCCGGCGCAACUAUGCCUGGGGAGCAGUCAAUAUCCCGGCCGGCCUCGCGAUCACCGCCCAACCGUACCUCUCCGCAGAAGCGCUCCCCACCCAAUGCCUCACCGUUGAGAGCUUCACCGCAGACAAGGAGGGCUACGAACCCUGUUGUCACUCCGUUCCGGUAUUCCGCCGUUAGCGACGCCCCCAGCAACCCAACCGGGCAGAGCAAAGACUCUCCGCAGCGGAAGAAGUCCACGCUGCGGUCCGCUUUAGGGAGAUUGUUUGGUCGAGGCAGGAAAAAGACUGGCAGCGGAAACCAGGAUGCCGGGACAGAUUCGGGACGUGAAUCUGGGCCACUGGCCUCAACGCAACAUCGAAGCGACCCUACUGCACAGCUUAGCCGGCCUACGCAGAGGUCGCCCGAGCGCUCGGCCUCGCUCCCCAUCAGCGAACUGAAUCGGCCGCUACGGUCGCAUUCCAUUGGGCCAGACGACAUUAUGGCCAUUGAGAGCGCGCGCAAUUCACUACAGGCAGAAGCGGCCACGCCUGGGUCCAGCUCGGGAGUCGGCAUCCGGCGACGCGCUGCGACGGGCGGCCAUGCAUUACUGCGGCCUCAUCUGUUCAACCGGGAAUGGGGUGCAGGUCUGUCCCCACGGCCCGCAAGUGCUCAGGGCCGCGCCUGCCGGGCUGGUGCACGGGCCGAAGCCGAGGAUCCCAGCGAAAUCGGGCGUGCCAUCACCAGCGACAGCGCCGGCGGUAUGCGCCGGCGGUCCCGGAGCCUUUCUGGGUUGCAAGACCUCGUCGGCGUUCAGCCUGGCAGCCGUCGGCGAAGCGAUGAGAUCCGGUAUUGGCGCGAGUCCUAUGACCCGGGCUUCAUGUCACCCUUAUCAUCAAACGCGCAGGAUGAUGUCGACGACACGGGCCCCGGAGACAUCAGUGCACCUGACAGCCCUGCGGCGGAGAGACCGCCCAAAACCCCGCCUCAGCCCUUCAACUUCAACCUUCUGUCGAAAGAGAUGAUGGGUAUGAAGAUUACACACGCGGCAAGCAUGGACAUGCGUCUCGGCAACCUCGAGUCCCGCACCCUCCAGUUAGAGCGUGUGGUUGACCAGCUGUGCCGCUCGGUCCCCGGCUCCAAGGGACCUGUCGAUGCUCGGGAGACGGGUCAGCCUGGCAGCUCCCGACGCUCGCUGGAAACCGACACGCAUUCUCAUGUCUCCUUCGGCGAAGGACUGGCUUACGCGAGCCCGCUCCACCCGCUUUCGUCGUCCGCCGCGAAAGCUCCGUCUCUUGCCGCAAACGCGAUGCCGCCUGUUCACGCGACUUCUACCUCUGCCGUGCGCGGUGCUAUGAGUAUGCCGAUAAUGGGACGCGAGGCCGCUAGCAAAACCGACGAGGCGUCUCAGGCCGACGUGAUCGCGCAGCUCAGAGCCGACCUUGAUGCCGAACGUGUGGCCCGCCAGGCCCUCGAGGCGUCGGUCAAGAAGCUGUCGGAGCGCCUCAACACCUUGUCGACGACCAUGUUUGCCAUGGUGCGGGGACCGUCCGAGUCCAAGUCCCAGGAACGGUUGGCACCGUCCUCGGUGGGCGGAAGCUCACCCAUGCUGAAACCGCCGACAACGUCACUACUUGUCCCUCCGCCACCACAGGAACAGCUCUCUGUCUUUGAAACAGAUGACGAUGAGGAGGAGGGAGAAGAAGAGGAUGACGAGACCGAGGCACCGUCCUCGACCAAACAGAGCUUAUCGUCGGCAAAGGCGGAUUCGGGGGAAGACGAGGUCACGGAGGAUGACGACUUUGAGACGCCCCGAGAAGAACGGACGCCACUGACGUAUGGCGCUUUUGGCGAGGAACUGAGGCCUGAUGACGACGACGAUGACGAUGACGAUGACGAUGCCGGCGGAGACGGUAGCGAGGACGAUCCAAAGCGGAAGAAAGCGGCGAGGACGUUGAGUCUAAGCCAGCUAACACUGGGGAAGGGGCAGCGCACGAGGAUAUGAAACGCCGACGGGGCCGUUACUUCUUCUAGGCAGUGGGAUGGGAGGUUCCUAACCGUUUGCAACGCUCGGGGAUGUUCAGUCAGGUAGUAGUUUUGCCGCCGGAGCCUGGGUUAUCCGAACAACGAUGCAUACACGCAUGGCCACAGCUUUAGUACUGAGGCAUCUUUUUUUCUUCUUCUUCUUACUUCCGAUGACGCGCUACGACCCUUUUCUCUGGCUGGCAACCUUCACAACCUUCAAUUCUUUUAUCACUAUGUCUGUUCCCUUUACCAAUCAAUCUGCGGUCUUCCCAUGUUUUUCGCCACUU